GGGAGGAGCUACCGACCACAGAGGAGUCGACCAGGAAACAGAGGCUGCCGAGCUGAGCAACCGUCCCCCCCCCGGUCCGACGGAGAAACGGCGGCGUUGACGUUACGAAUAACAACCCAGGAGUUGUAUUCCUUUUGUUCAAGUGUUUAGAAGUUGAUACGAAGCGGCGACAUGGCUUCCCUGUUCAAGAAGAAGACUGUGGACGACAUCAUCAAGGAACAGUCCAAGGAGCUGCGUGGCACUCAGAGACAGAUCACCAGGGACAGAGCAGCGCUGGAGAAACAAGAGAAACAAAUGGAGGCAGAGAUCAAGAAAAUGGCAAAGAGCGGAAACCGAGAGGCGUGCAAGAUCCUCGCCAAGCAGUUGGUCCAGCUAAGGAAGCAGAAGAACCGGACGUACGCCGUCAGCUCCAAGGUCACCUCUAUGUCCACGCAGACAAAGGUCAUGAGCUCCCAAAUGAAGAUGGCCGGUGCCAUGUCCACCACAGCCAAGACAAUGCAAGCAGUGAACAAAAAGAUGGAUCCACAGAAGACCCUGAAGACCAUGCAGGACUUCCAGAAGGAGAACAUGAAGAUGGACAUGACCGAGGACAUGAUCAACGACACGUUGGACGAGAUCUUCGAUGCAUCUGGGGAUGAGGAAGAAUCUCAGGACAUCGUCAACCAGGUUCUGGAUGAGAUUGGCAUUGAGAUCUCAGGAAAGAUGGUGAGAGCUCCAGCUGCAGGAAGGAGUGUCCCCAGCACUGCCGCCGCCUCCUCCUCCAAACAAGCCACCAUCUCGGACGACGAGAUCGAGAGACAGCUCCGAGCUCUGGGAGUGGACUAAUCGUCGUCUUUGUAUUAAUGUUCACAUUUUUAAACCAGUGCAACAUUAAUACGGAUUGAUACAGACUGUCAGACAUUGUUGGUUUUGCACCGUGGUUCAAAUCCUACAGUUGUAACAGAAGGUGCACGCAAACACACACACACACACACACACACACACACACACACACACACACACACACCAGGAUGUACAUUAACACACCAACGUGGUCUCACAUUCUUUGACAGGUUGCCUUACAGAUCAUGAAGCCAGAACAUCUGAUCUAUUUAUGCCCGAAAAUGAUAUUUAUUGACAUGGAAGUGGCCUCUGUCUGAAGGUGGACCCACAGUAGAUGCUUGACCUGAAGAAAACCUAAUGAGCCACCUACACUUGAGUUUACCAUCCACCUCUGUCUCUAUAAGGGCCGCGGCGUGCAUGUUACCUCGGUUUAGCUUUUUCCCCAUGGUCGAACUCGAGUUGGUCAUAUAAUUGAUCAGCUCGAAGACGGAUGGUAUAUGGCAAUUAAAAAAGAUUUUGGGGGUCGUCAAUAAGCAGAUGGAACUUAGAUCUUUCUCCUAAUUACCUGCUACCUUUGUUGCAAUUGGUUAAUUUGAGACCCAUCUAAUUUGCUUUCUCUCCGAGGCACACUAUUCCUGUUAAAGAAUUUUCUGGACAAGUUUUCUGUGAAGACUGUUAUUCUGCAUCCUGGGAAGUGUGUAAAAACCUUUGCAUAGGAACACACGUGCAGGUGAAACGUGCAGCUGACCUCAAUGCCUCUUUGCUCGGGUGAGGUCUUCAAUCACGUGAGAUGAUGAGACCGAUUGAUCCGGUGACAAACUGGCUGUUUUGUAAUUAGCACCACCUCAAUCCUGUACAGAGUGUGAGACAAAUUAAACUAGGACUAAUGGAAGACUUGCAUAUCUAAGAAAUUUGAAUCGAUUGUUACUACUGAGUAAUCAAAUGAGGAAUAAUUAUAAUUUUUUUGCUUCUUAGUUGAUGCUUGCUUUCUGAUUGUUUAUCUUUAUAUUGGACUUGGGAUUUUACACAGUGAUUGUAGGACGGCACUGGUCCUGCAGUCGCUCAGCUCUUUCAGCUGCUGUGCAGUUACUGUCAUUUGUUAUUUUAAGCUGCCUCAUGCACACACACACAUGCACACACGCGCGCGCGAACACUACAGCAACAACAUGAUCGAAGUGUUUGCUAAACUGACACUGUGAUCCAAGAGACAUUUUCUCUUCUUCAGAUCUGAAGCGGAUUCGUCUAUAAAGUGAUUUGUAAAUGUCAAUCAGCUUCAGGCUUCAUGAGAGUGACAAAGACACCGCCUAUUAAUGCAGUCUCUCUCUCUCUCACUCUCUCGAGCCCAUUGCGGAAAUAUAUAAAAUAUGAUUUCGCUCUUGCAUGUAUUUGACAUGUUCAAGUCACCUUUCUUCCCGUAAAUCAUUCUUAACCUCCACUUUUCAACAGACUUUUGUGAUUUUGAGCAGGAACGAUGUUUUAACAGAUUUUGAACUCGAGAACAGUUCCAUUAGGAAAUUCCCACUUUUCAAAAGAUGUGCGUAUGUGUAUGUAUACUCAUCUUUGUUUCCUCCUCUGUCAUUGUAAAGUGACUCUGUAAAGGAUUUAUGGCUUUUAUAAGGAAUAAAGUUUCUUCAGGUACAAUA